UCAGGCGCGGCCGGAGGGGGCGGGGCCGGGCCCAGGAGGGCGCCCCCCAGCGGACGGAGCGUGAGGGCGGCGCUGGACGCCUCGUGCCGGGAUGGGGCUGAGCGGAGCCUACAAGCAGCUGGACCCUCCGGACCCCCGGGAGCCGCCGACCCCCAAGCGCCCCCAGGGCCCCGCGCUCUUCGUCCUCCUGUCCAUCCUCUUCCUCCUCACCUUCCUCCUCCUCCUGCACCUGCGCCACCACCGGGGGGGCGACACCGAUGGCACCUGCGGGGACACCUGCAGCAUCGUGCUGGUGGAGAGCAUCCCCGAGGGGCUGGGCCUGGGCCCCGAGCGCGGCCGCAGCACCUUCGAGGCCUGGAUGGAGCUGCUGGGCCGGGCCCGGCACAGCGUGGACAUCGCCUCCUUCUACUGGACCCUGACCAACCAGGACACUCGCACACACGAGCCCAGCGCUGAGCAGGGUGAGCGCCUCCUGGCGGCGCUGCAGCAGCUGCCGUCCCGCGGCGUGGCCGUGCGUGUUGCGGUCAGCGCGCCCUCGCCCACCGCGCCCCUGGACGACCUCCAAGCCCUGGAGCGCAGCGGCGCGGCCGUGCGCGCCGUGGACCUGCCGCGCCUGACGGGCGGCGUGCUGCACACCAAGUUCUGGCUGGUGGACGGCGCCCAUCUCUACAUCGGCAGCGCCAACAUGGACUGGAGGGCCCUGACGCAGGUGAAGGAGCUCGGAGCCGCCAUCUACAACUGCAGCUGCCUGGCCAAGGAUUUGGGCAAAAUCUUCGAGGCCUACUGGUCAUUGGGCGUCCCCGACGCGUCCAUCCCGGCGCCGUGGCCGGACAACUUCUCCACCUCCAUCAACCUGGAGACGCCGCUGGAGAUGACGCUCAACGGCACCGAGGCCACCGUCUUCUUCUCGAGCUCUCCCCCCGCUCUGUGCGCCGCCGGCCGCACUCCGGACCUGGCCGCCCUGCUGUCGGUGAUCGACGGCGCCGCUCAGUGGGUGGACGUGGCCGUGAUGAGCUACGUGGUCAGCACGGAGUUCUCGCGGCCCGAGCGCUUCUGGCCGGCCAUCGACGAGCGGCUGCGGCGCGCCGUGGUGGAGCGCGGGGUGGCGCUGCGGCUGCUGGCCGGCUGCUGGCGCCACAGCCGCCCCAGCAUGUUCCCCUUCCUGCGCUCGCUGGCCGCGCUGGCCGACAACGGCACCCGCUACGCCGUGCAGGUGCGCCUGUUCGUGGUCCCGUCCAGCGCGGCCCAGAGCCGCAUCCCCUUCGCCCGCGUCAGCCACACCAAGUACAUGGUGACCGACCAGGCCGCCUACGUCGGCACCUCCAACUGGUCCGGGGAUUACUUCGAGCGCACGGCGGGCUCGGCGCUGGUGGUGGCGCAGCCCGGGCCGGGCUCGGGCUCCUUCCGGGAGCGGCUCCGGGCCGCGUUCGAGCGCGAUUGGAGCUCCGGCCACAGCUUCGACAUCGGCGACCCCCGCGGCUGGGCCGGGCACUGCGGGCCCCGGUAGCGCCGGGAGAACCCGCGGGGAGCGGCGGCUUUGGGGCGGAAAAUGCCCCAAAUGGGGUUUUGUGGA